AUGGCUAGCUGCAAACAGGCAAAAAACUUGUUUGAUGCGAAACAAGUCAAUUCAGGAGAUAGGAUUGUUAAGUUUGUGUACUUAGCUUUCUUUGCUGGUUUGACUAUUUCACCAGAUAGUAAAACUAUCAAAACGAGCUGAACUGCACAAAUUGCACAAUCUAUCUUAAUUGGUUGAACUAGUUCACAUGGUCAAACUAGCUUAUAUUGUUCAAGGGGACAAAAGGCAUGACUAUACACUUCGUCUACUUGAACAGUUUAAGCUUGAUUGACCAUUGACCUAGUCAAGCCUGUUGACAUGGGUUGUGUAAAACCGGUAAACUUCCAAAAAUUGCAAGUUAGCUAUCUUUGCUGGUUUGACCAUCUCAGAUGGUAAAACUAUCAAAAAGAGAUAACCUUCACAAAUUGCACAAUCUAUCUUUACUGGUUGAACUAGUUCAAAUGCUCAAGCUAGCUUAUAUUGUUCAAUGGGAAAAAAUGCAUAACUAUGCACUUUGUCUACUUGAAGAAUUUAAGCUUGAUUGACCAUUUGAACCAGUCUAACCUGUUGUGUAAAUUGUACAGCUAUACUGUUAAAACAAACCAGCUUAAUUGUUUCAACUACUGAAAUAGGCAAAGUAGCGAAAACGGUUAAACUGCACAAAUUGCACUCUUUAUCUCGACUAGUUGAAGUAGUUGAAAUGCUCGAAUUAGCUUAAAGGUUUCAACUGCAGAAUAUGAACACUUAGCUUGAGGUUGAAUUGCAGAAACGGCACAAUCUAUCAUACAUAGAUGGACUGGUUAAAUAGUCCAACUAGGGAAGACUUUAGAAAAAAAACAACAACGAGUUAGAACUGUAAAAGUUAGAAAUGCAAGGAAGGCUGAAGAGAGAAGAAAAGGAAAGGCAAGAGAGGAUGGAGGAAAAGGACACAAGAAAGGAUGGAAGAAAAGGAAAGACAAGAAAGGAUGA